CCGAACCCUCUGUGCUCCGUUCUCGGGCAGUUCGACAGUUUCGAUACAGUGCCGUAAGCAGUCACAUCGGAAAUUGCUUCCGUUCCAGUGGUUCUCAGUGCAGGUACCGCGGGGUUCGACGACUGGCCAAUCCGCAGAGGUGUGCAAGCUGUAUGCGUUGAGGUGAUGGUGGUGUUGGUGGUUACCGCUUGCCAUCCCGGUGAAUCAUUAUUGCGGUGAGUGUCCAGUUUAGUCUUUGCACCCGAGUGCCGUCCUAGUGUGAGUGUCGUGCAUUAGUUGCACCCCGUUGCCUUUGUGCAGCGCUACAUUGUGACUUUAUAGUGGUACUAAGGUGAAAGAAACGAAAGAGUGUGUAACGAAAAAAGAAAACCAAACCCAACCAAAAACGAACGAGCUCCGAAGUAGGGCUACGGAAGGAUACAGUGUGUUGUAUACAGGUGAUACAACCUGGUAGUUUGAAAGUGUGUCGCAGUUACUGCCGUUUCAGCGUCCAUUAACAUAGUAGCAGCAGCAGCAGCAGCAGCAGCAGCAGUAGCAGCUACGAUGUCAUCCUCAGUGUGGCCAGUGGCGUAUGCCUUUGUCCUGGUGACACUUUAUUCUACGGUCCCGUCUCAGGCUGCCUCACCACGAUGGGAACCACAGAUUUCGGUGCUGUGCGAAGCCGGACAGACGUACCAUCCGCAGUUCCUGUCGGAGGAAGGACGAUGGACCACGGAUCUGAGCAUCAAGGUGCCCGGCUCGACCUGUCUCCGCGACAAGAUGGAUCUGCUGGACUACUGCAAGAAGGUGUACCCGGGACGAGAUAUUACGAACAUUGUGGAGUCUUCGCACUACCAAAAGAUCGGUGGCUGGUGCCGUCAGGGUGCACUGAAUGCAGCCAAGUGCAAAGGAGCUCAGCGGUGGAUUAAACCGUUCCGGUGUCUCGAGGGACCGUUCCAGUCGGAUGCACUGCUCGUGCCGGAGGGCUGCCUGUUCGAUCACAUCCACAACGCGUCCCGGUGCUGGCCGUUCGUCAGGUGGAACCAAACCGGGGCCGCCGCCUGCCAGGAUCGCAACAUGCAGAUGCGUAGCUUCGCCAUGCUGCUGCCCUGCGGCAUCUCGCUCUUCUCCGGCGUAGAGUUCGUCUGCUGUCCCAAGCACUUCAAAGCCGUACCGAUGAAGGUGAAGAAAACGGACCUGCCGGUGCUGCCGCAGGACACGGACAUGCUGCCGGCGCUGGACGACGGCUCGGACGGUGCGUCGGACAACAACUCGGAGGACGACGAGGAGGAGGACGAGCUGGACGACGAGGAGGACGAGGAGAUGCUGGGCGACGAGCCGAUCGAGAGCGAGGACGACGAGUACGAUUCGGACGAAGACUUUGACGCGGGCAGCGACAAACCGGCCGGUGCGGACACGAUCGAUACCGGUUCGGCCGCCUGGGAUAGCUUCACCACACCGCCGCCGCCCGCAGCAGGCAACAGGGAUGCGCUCAAGAAGCAGCAGCCCGACAGCAGCCUCGGUGCCGGCAUGCUGUACGCCGCUGCCGGUGGAUAUGCGGCCGCCAGCUCGACGGAAAGGGCGGCUGGCGGUAUCGAGCUGGUGACGACACCGAUCACGGCCAUCCCGACGCCCGACCCGUACUUCACGCACUUCGAUCCGCGCAACGAGCACCAGAGCUUCAAGAAUUUGCACGCCGAAUUUCAGGAAGCCCAGCAGCGGCUCGAGGAGAGCCACCGGGAGAAGGUGACGCGCGUGAUGAAGGACUGGUCCGAUCUGGAGGAGAAGUACCAGGACAUGCGGCUGGCCGACCCGAAGUCGGCGCAAACGUUCAAGCAGCGCAUGACGGCCCGGUUCCAGACUUCUGUGCAGGCACUGGAAGAGGAGGGCAACUCGGAGAAGCACCAGCUGGCGGCGAUGCACCAGCAGCGCGUCCUCGCCCACAUCAACCAGCGCAAGCGGGAAGCGAUGACCUGCUACACCCAGGCCCUGACGGAGCAACCGCCAAGCUCCCACCGGGUGGAAAAGUGUCUCCAGAAGCUGCUGCGUGCGCUCCACAAGGACCGUGCCCAUGCCCUGUCGCACUAUCGCCAUCUGCUCGGCUCGGGCGGUACCGGCGGCCUGGAGGCGGCUGCCUCCGAGCGUCCCCGCACGCUCGAGCGGCUGGUCGACAUUGACCGCGCGGUCAACCAAUCGAUGGCGAUGCUCAAGCGCUACCCGGAGCUGUCGGUGAAGCUGUCCCAGCUGAUGGACGACUACAUCCAGGCCCUGCGCUCCAAGGACGAAACGCCCGGCUCGAUGCUGGCGAUGACGGAGGAGGCGGAAGCCGCCAUCCUCGACAAGUACCGCAUGGAGAUUGAGCGCAAGGUUAGCGAGAAGGAGCGCCAGCGGUUGGCCGAAAAGCAGCGCAAGGAGCAGCGGGCCCAGGAGCGUGAGAAAAUUCGCGAGGAGAAGCUGCGCCUCGAGGCGAAGAAAAUGGAAGCCGCAUACAAGCAGCAGCAGCAGCAGCAGCAACAGCAACAACAGCAGCAACAGCAGCAACAAAAGCAACAACAAGCUCAACAGCAAGCUCAACAGCAGGCGCAAAUGAUUGCAGCCACAUUCGCAGCAACGCAACAGCAACAGCAACAGCAGCAGCAACAGCAGCAGCAGCAACAAUCGAUGCAAACCCAGCAACCCACACUGUCGGACCAGCCGCAAACCCAGAAGCAGCAGCCGGACAUGGAAGCGCAAAAGGAAACGGAAACCACCAAGGAUUACUCCGAGGAAGCGGUCGUGACAAGUCCCCAGCCGACCGCACUCCCAACAGUCGACGAUGAAGCGGUACAGCGCGCGGUCGAGGAGGUAGCGGCGGCCGUCGCCCAUCAGGAAGCCGAACCGAAGAUGCAACACGUUCUCGCCCACGACAUUGGCCACGGCGAACCGAGCUACUCGGUGCGGCGCGAGGUGUACAGCUCCAGCGGACGGGACAGCAAGAACGUUUACUUUACGGUCGGAUUCGCCGGCGUUGCCCUGAUGGCUGCGGUCUUUGUCGGCGUUGCCGUUGCCAAGUGGAAAGCUUCCCGGUCGCCCCAUGCUCAAGGAUUCGUCGAGGUGGAUCAGGCGGUCGGUGCACCGGUCACACCGGAGGAGCGACACGUGGCCAACAUGCAGAUCAAUGGGUACGAGAAUCCAACCUACAAGUACUUCGAAAUUAAGGAGUAAGCACAGCUUGUGGCAGGACGCGGCAAACAACAUCCGGGCGCGCCACCCGGUCAAGGCCACCCGAAACCCGAAAACGCUCGAUUCGGGCAGCCCGGCAGGGGGUGGUGUGUGUGUCAGAGUAGAAGGCAGUGUAGCAUGCAGCGCAAACAGCAAGAGCAACCCAAAGAUACUUCAGAGCAGCUCGAAGAUCCUUGAGCAAGUCACGAUUAAUGUCGCGUAGGAGAGAAACAGAACGCCGUCAGUCAGAAGAAGUCAGUUACCGCUCCCCCCCCCCCCCCCCCGCAGGAGGGUGAAAAUAAAAUGAAAGUGUAAAAUCGAUAUUUGUGCUAUAAAAAGGAGGGAAAAUAAGAAGAAGGAAAUGACACAUAUAACCACACACACACACACACGCGCGCGCAGACAAGCAAGAGAAAGAAAAAGGAUGCAAAAAUACCAACCAAAGGCAGCCAACUCUCUCAAGUAGCGCCUCUCCUAUAAUUCAACAAUUAAAGAAAACAAGAUGCGCAGUUUUGUGGGAUGUUUUUUUUUUGUUUUCAUAAGCACACACACACACACACACAUACACCCACGGAGUUGAUCGAUGUUUUGUGAAUACUCAUUCUAGUCCUAUCCUUCUGUUGAUGAGGCGUAAUCGCGAGCGUAUGGCAUUUUAAAUGAUGCAUUUUAAACUCGAUUUGUAGCUCGAAAAGCAUCCCGUUCACGAAAUGUGUGCGCUGUAGCUAAAAGUGUGUGUGUGCCUGUGUGUGUGUGUCUGCGCGUCUGUGUGUGUGUGUGUUACGUGUGUAAACGAACGUUUCGUAUGUGUGUGUAGUGCGCAAAGAAAGUUUGAAAGGCAGCAAACCAAGUCCGAUCGUUUGCUGCGGUAACAAUUUGAUGAAAUUCCCAACACAUCACACAUACACUGAGUGUCCUUUUGCGUGUAGAAAUAUAUAUAACAAAAAAAAGCAACAACAACAACAACAACACGGGAGAAUUUGAACGUUUAAAGAAAAGUAAAAAUGCCAUCGAGCAUUCACCACUCUGCUACUACUAAUUGCUGCCGGGGACAGUGCGACGGCGCGUUUGUGUGAUGAUCGUAAACAGCAGCAGUAAAAACAGCAACAACAACAACAACAAAGGCAACAAAAACAAAACACAAGUUUUGCAAACUAUUGUUUCAAACCGUUUUCCUUUCAACCUAUAAUCUUUACAACCUAUACGCCUCCCUAUAUCACUCUCGACUGUACAACCCCCGAGACCAGACGUAGAGCACGACGCUACCAAAGAAUAGUAUGAAACAGUCACCCUUAAAUUACAUAGUUGAAGCUCUCGCUCUCUCGCUCUCUCUCUCUCUCGCUCUCUCGCUCUCUAUCUUGCUGCGGCUCAUGCACUAGUCGCUUUUUUAACGCGCGCGGGCAAAUGGCCACUGUCGAGCAAAUGCACUACAACCGCAAUUCCACAGCACACACACACACACACACAUUCCACGUAGAACAGUGCGCAAUAGCCUAGUUGCUAGUGAUAUGGGGCAGACCGCAGAGCUGCUUCUACCCUCAAAAACUCAUCAACUCACACCACCGUCACACCACGUCACCUUCCCAGAAAGAAAACACUCAAUAGAGAGAGAGAGAGGGAGAUGGAGAGUGCCAGAGCCAGAGAAUAGUUAGAUAGCUAAGUAGCUAAUUAGUUAUUAAUUUUCUACAAUCGAUCGGUUACGCAGCUCAGGUUAACAACCAAAACCGGCAUCAUCCCACGGCUCUUACUUCAGGCGGGCAAUCACAUCCCCUUAUCGCUUACAACAUACGCCCCUAGCGACCGAUCGAUCGAGGGAGGUGGGACGGACGCAACCGGUGCAACUAAACCACAAACACACACACAUACACAUACACAGAGACACGUACACUACUACAAUACUUCUCAUUUGAUAAGCUUGUAAGAAUAUACAUGCAUUAAUAAACGUACAUUAUACAACCAAUUGCAUUAGAUCUAUAUAUAUCUAUAUAUAUUCGCUUGACGCGCGUUUUGGGCCUGGGCAGAGCGGAUGAUGUGCACAGGGUGUAUGUUGAUAGUGGCGAUGGGUGUAAGGGAAAAAGCUCUUCUCCCCCCCCCCCCCCCCCAAUUAUAAUCAAGCUGCAAGGAAGGGGAGGGCAAGCGAUUCUCUUUUGCUGCACGGGCCCUGGCCGGCGCAAAUCCGCGUACAGGAUGAAAAUGGCUCAUUACACCCAGCGCAGCAAGGCAACAACCAGACAAACAAACAGGAUUGAAACAAAAAGUAAUGCCAACCCGCUACUGAAGUAUAUACAUAUAUUUUUUGUAAUACACACACAAACACAACACCCCCCAAAAACACACACACACACACAACUGCUAUACGCUUUGAAAUUUCAUAUUUAUACUACCUUAAUAAAACAGAAGAAGAAAACAAACAAUAACAACCAAAAAAAAAGUGACGUAAACGCAUCUGCUAUAUAUUUACAAUUGAAAAACGGAAACAAAAGCGUGUUAUAAAAGCAAGUAAUUCAAAACAAAGCGAGAAACAAAGAAAAAAAAAGCAACAUCAGCAGCAGCAAGAGCACAUGGAACAAUAAGAUUUGCAGUGCAUGUUGGUGGAAGAGUAAUAAAACAAAACCAAACGGCCACACUAACACAUCAACAGUUUGCAUAAUACUCUCGUGUGGCUGAAGUGGAAAAAGAGCAACAAUCCAUGGAGAUACACGCACACACACACACACAUUUUCCACCCAACCGAACCAUGCCAAACCAUAGUUUGCAACCUUUGCGAGUCCAUUCUAGUCUCCAAGCUAGGCAACAGACGUGGUUUCAGAACAAAACGAACAUCGAGGCGUUUUUUUUUUUCGAAUUUUUCACCUAUCACACCUAUCCUUACAAAACACACCUGUUAACCCUGGACACUGGCUCCUUUACGCUUUUGCAAUAGCAUUGUAAUAAAAUAAAAUGAAAAGAAACAACCCAACGCUCGUUCUUGCAAACAACCCAUUAUCACACCUAUCAAACCACCAAACGUGUGCACUGGUUGAAUCCACAAAGCCACACCACUAGAGCAGGCGUGCAGCUGAAGCAAGAGAGAUGUUGCAUCAACAAUAAUUUUACAACCCUCAACUAAAGACAUAUAAAAUGAAGAGAAAACGAAAAAAAAAACAACAACAGGACAAAAAGACAGUGCAAACAAACGAGAGCUUUUUCCGCAUUCUAGCAUUAUAUUUGCAGCACGUCUAGGCAGCAAGCAAAGCAGGCGGCGCAGGGUAUUGCAUUUAAAGCACAGGGAUUUCCUCCGGGCAGCAUAUCGUCGUCGUCGCUUGUUCCGCAAAUCAUCUCUCUCUCUCACACUCUGCCUGUUUUUUACCACAAACCACACACACGCACACUCAUUACGCUGCUCUUAAGGCCGGGCGAUGCUUCUGCCCGCAGCAGAAAAGCUAUAGAACCCCACUAAUAGAUGUUUUGUUUUGUUUUUUUGCUGGCUUUGCCAAUAGAGCAGAAGCGUUCCGUGACGGAAGAUAUAGAGAGGGAGCUAAACCAAAAAAAAAAACAAACAGCAAGCCAGCAGGCAAGACCGAUAGGGCCAAGCAAUUGGGGGGGAAAAGUGCAACAAAACAAAAACAAAACAAAAAAACCGCAACACAAUCCACAAUCACUCAGCUGAGGUUACAGUCGGAAAAUUGCAUCCUAGGCAAAAGAAAAAAGAAAAAUUCGUCCAUUUUUGUAGGAUUUUGCGACGAGCGUUAAUAUAGGUGUUAGAGAAACAAACAAAAAAAAUGCUAAACAAAAAAGGAAGCAAAUCUUAUCGCAAACAGAUAGUGUAUGUGUGUGUGUGUGUGAGUGUCAUUAAGUCCCCUUUUUCCGCCCCUCCCCCACACAGUCACGCACCUGGACCGCAGCAUCUGGUUCAGUAUGCGGGCAGGGCGGAAAUGAACUACUAAUUAUAUAGAAAGGCCGAAGAAGACGAGGAUGAUGAUGAUGAUGAUGAUGGUAGUAAAUUGCAGUGUUAUAGGUAGCGCUUGUUGACAACACUCUCUGCACACUUGACAAACUGUGCUGCUGAGAGCCGCCAGGCCCAAACAAAGCUGUGCAGCGCUGAACAAUCUUACACGCGUUACACGCUGCAUUAUGCACGCUCUCCUCCGAUGGGACUGUAGAAGGCUUUCGAUACCAUCAUGCAUAUAAUGUUGAUUUCUGUUACGUUAAGGCUAACCAUUUUUUUGGGACCGGUACGUUCCGGUCUGCGUGGGGUUGAACCCGAAGCGGCCCGAAUGUACCGAAUGCAAUGUCGCUGCCCCGUAUGCGAUCACACGCCUUUUUUGUUUGUGCAAUGGUUUUGUACUAGCUUGUUUUUUUUAUUAUCAUUCAGGGGUUACUAUUUGCUGAUGGGUGAGCUGCUAUUACCCAGAUAGUGGGAGCCACCCAUCAUAGCCAGACGGCUGAGACGGUCCGUGACCCGUACACAUUGCCGUAACUAACCGCACUAUCCAUUAGUUAUGCUCUACUUUAACGUGUCCGCUCGGUUCGGCGGUAUACAGGGAGUUGGUUGUCAUUCCUUCCCUUUCUACUGAGUCUACUACCACUAUUUCGGUGGCUUGGUUCAACACACUGAUUAAAUGAAAUUUUGAAUAUAUAUUAAAGAAAACUGACUCAAAAUAAUAAACACGCAAACACACAGCAGUAAAAGAACGUUAUACUAAAUGAAGCGAAAGAAAAAGUAGUGGAAUGAAGAGAAGAAGAAAAAAAACACACACACACACACAACACAUAUAUAUAAUCUAUGUAUAAAGGACAGCAAAACGAUUGGUAAAAGAAAGAAAUGUAAGCAACAACCAAAUAAAAAAAAAAUAGUACUAAAAACAUCUACGCCGACAAAAUAUAAGCGAAGGCAGCAGUAAAAGGCAACACAAUAAGAAAUAAACAGAACAAGCGGGAAGGUGACGGUGAAGGGACGGUUAAUAGCGGAACGAUUAAAUGCAUCAGAGUGGUGGGGUAAAGACGGUGCGUGCGGCCAAAAAAAACCGGCACCCAAAGCCCGGUAACGCUGGCCACGAACGGUACGAAUGCCCAAGAAUGAAAGCAUAGAAUAGAUUAUAUAUCAUGUAUAAGUAUGAAUAUAUUUAUAUACAACACACAUAUAAGUGUAAUGAUGUAAACAUUUACAGAUUAGUUUUAAUAGGUGAUCAUACACAACAAAGAAAAGAUGCAAAAAGAACAGCUGCGGGAAAGGUUAAUAACUAACAGGAGAUCGAGCAAAAAAGAAAGAAGCAAGCAAGCAAGCACAUGCUACUGGUGUAAUUAAUUUAAACAACAGCAAACAAAAAACAACCGCCCUAUUAAACAAGCAAAUAGAUUAAAGCAUUGUUGCGCAUCUCAACACACACACACACAAGGGUACGCAAGGAAAAUGUGAAGCAAUUGGCAGCCUAUUCGAACGGAGUGGACGGUUGACGGAUCUAGAGAAAGAGUGAGAGCGUGAGAGUAAAACAGUGAAAGCACUUGAUCGCUAGUGAGCAUUGUGGUAUGGUUUUGUGGUGUGAUUCUAUAUGGAUCGUUUAAUCAAAUGAACCAACCACCAAAAGCACUUGCCACUCUAGAUCUAGAUCUGCACAAACCACAACCAGCCACAGUGCUGUCAUUCGAAAGAGCGAACGUUCAUUUCGCGCGACACCUGCAAUCGGGUGUCGUCAAUUCCUGUACGAGAUAAGGAUGCGAUACGAUGGCAGAGCUAAAAUACCCUAAAACCCACUGCAUACUCUUACGGUUAAGAUGAAACGCAAAAAAAAAUGGCACGAACUGUGUGUGUGAGUGUGUGUAAAAUGUAGCGCCAGCGCGCUAAAUGCUUGUUAGUUUGUCCAGCAAAUUACGAUAAUAAUCCAGCAAAUGCAGAACCGCCUCCAACGCUCCAACAAUUGAACAUGCCACUAUUAAGAGCAACCUAAGACACAAACACCCCACACCUACACAAACACCCCGCACAUACACAAACUCGCUAUAUACUCUCAAAUCAAACAACAACAACAAAAAACGCAAGAAACAAAUAUUUAACGCAAAGUACGUAACAACACACCUGCUAAAUCAAAAUAUUCUGCUUGGGUUUUGUGUUUCACUGUUUUUGUGACUUCCGUGUAUGGGUUUUACGUGAAGAAUAACCGAAGUUUUCUGCCCCUUCCCGUUUUUUGAUGCUAUAUAUCGUUGUUACUAUGCUGCACCUCUUUACCUUCCUCUCCGGUGCGUGAGGUAGGCGCGAGAUGAGCUACUACUAACUACUAACUACUUAAUACUUAACACACACACACAUACACAUACACAAACACACGCAGACACACAGGGGAGGGAUACUUAACAAAAAAAAAUCAAUUUUGAUAAAAAAGAAACAACAACAACCAACACAAAUAAAACCGAAUGGGUAAACGGAAGUACUAGCUUGUAGAAAUCAAUGGCACACUAGUGAACUCCUAACACACAACACAAAACUACAACACUACGUCCUACUACAGCAAGUACACUCCUGGGUGAAGGAAACUAAAGAAAAAACAACAUAAUAAUAAAAACACAAUAUUUCCCAUCCAUCCUUGAGCACACGAUCCCCCCCGGGCGGAACAGGAUUGGUGAUCGUCCAAUAAGUGGAGGGAAUCUAUCGUAAGUGGGAAAAAUAAAGAGCAAACAAACCCUUUCAGAAACAAA